AUGGUUCGUUCACGCAGUAGACUUUCAUCAAGUUCUUGUGAAAUUCAGUUGAUGAAAGCGAUGUCAAAAACAUACGUACUUCAUGAGCGAAAUGUGAACGAUGUGCAAAAUUUCAUCGAAUAUUUGAUGCAAGUACGCGAACUGCUCCAAGUACAGUUUGAAAGUACCGAAGAAGCGGUUCUUAAGCGCGGUCUUUGGCAACUGAUGAACAAUCGAAUUUUCUUCCAACAUCCGGAUUUGAUGCGAUUGUUAAAAGUUCACGAAGAUGUGAUGACAAUCAUGAUGAAUAUUCUGACCGCUCAGCAAGGUACAACCGAACACGUCGAACAUCUGGAGACAGCUGCAGAUGCGCUGACUGCAGGGGAACUGAUUAAAAUAAAUGUGAUCAAUUGUACGUUUUAUGUUCACGAUGCAUCCGAGAUGGUAGUGGCAUGCUCAAGAUUCCUUUGCUAUUUCUGUCGUACGUCACGGCAAAAUCAGAAGGCAAUGUUCGAGCAUCUCUCCUUCCUGUUGGACAACGCCACUAUGCUAUUGGCACGACCGAGUCUUCGAGGUUCUGUUCCAUUGGAUGUUGCGUAUUCGAGCUUCAUGGACAAUAACGAGUUAGCACUGGCGUUGAAGGAAGAGGAGUUGGAUAAGGUGGCCGUUUAUUUGAGUCGAUGUGGUUUACAGCCAAAUUCGGAGUUAAUCGCGAAAGGAUACCCGGAUCUCGGCUGGGAUCCAGUGGAGGGUGAACGUUACAUUGAUUUUCUGCGAUUCUGUGUUUGGAUCAAUGGUGAGAGUGUGGAAGAGAAUGCAAAUUUGGUGAUUCGUCUUCUGAUUCGUCGACCAGAAUGUCUUGGUGUUGCAUUGAAAGGUGAAGGACAAGGGCUUUUCUCGGCUUUUAAAGUUGGUUUUAGUUUCGGUUCACCGAUUUUAAUAGAUUGA